GGUUGUGCCAUGAAUGGCGCGGAUGAACGAGGGUUGAAGAGAUUCAAUGGAGAAGACGAUGAUGCUGGCAAACAACUGCGAAAGUGGAAACUGUGGGCCCAGGCCAAGAUGGCCACUAUGAAGGACUUUGCUGCAAAGCAGCAGGGUCCAUGGAUCUACACGCUUCUGGAUGGCAAGGCCUUAGAGGCCGUUGAACACCUCACACUCGAAGACAUGACCAAGGACUCGGGUGCUGAGACUAUCUGGAAGCUGCUAGACCUGCGUUUUCUGGAGCGGGCUUCAGAGGAUCAGAUGGGAGAAGCGCUUGGUGAAGUCUUCGGUUUGUGUGCUAGAGAAGGGGAAUCCAUGCAGCAGUGGGCCGCCAGAGCGCAGGAGGUUUUUCAGAAGUGCCGCCGAAAGGCGGAAGUUGAGUUUCCUACUGCCGCCCAGGGGUGGAUCGCCCUGAACUGUGCUGGGCUUAGUGAGGAACAGAAAGCGAUCGUGAAGGCGAAGACGCAGGGCAAGCUUGAGCUGCCAACCGUGACGUCUGCUUUGAGAUCGUGCUUUCCGCAGUACCGAGCUGGUGCGAAGGCUAAAAAGCCCGUGGCGACUCUGCUGGUGGACGACGAGAACAUCGAUGAGGUUUCGGAAGACGGAGAUCCCGAGGCCUUUGCCGAUGUGGAGGCGUUCCUCGCUGACAACAACCUAGACGACCACGUGGGCGACGACGAGCUGCAGGAACAAGAUGCGGCUGAAGCUCUUGCUGUUUCGUGGAAAGAGCGCAGGUGUGCACGGCUGGCCUGGUAUUCAGGCUAUGGCGUGGUUGACUCCGGCUGUGGCCGAACUCUCAUUGGCCAGGAGACCCUGCUGGCGCUGACGCAGAAGCUGGCCACCAGGACCAAACUGGUUCCGGUGGAGUACCACUCAGACAGCAGCUUUCGCUUUGGAAAUGGAGCCACCGAAGAGAGCAAUCGAGCCGUUCGCAUUCCUGUCGGAGUGGGACGCAAAGUCGGGACCAUCGACGCCGCCAUCAUCUCUGGACGCGCUCCACUUCUGUUGGGGCGACCAACCCUAGAGAAAAUGAACAUGGUGCUCGAUUUCGGAGGCCGCAAAAUGCGGUUCCUGGUUCAGGAUGCCCCGAUCCCCAUGCACACCAAUAGCGCCGGCCAGCUCCUCAUCGAUGUGCUAGACUUUCCCGUGUCUAAGGCAGGGGCCAGCAGUAAGGAUAAGCUGUCGGAGGAGGCCUGUCGACAUGGUGCAUCGGGGGUGGCAUUUGACAUCAAACAGGGUAGUGAUUUGUGUCAGCAUGCUGCCAAGUACACUCCGCAGUUUGUCAGGGCAAUGUGGACAUGUCUAGUACCGCGUGAGCCUCAGAAUCCCGAACCGGAGCGUCCGGAUGCUGAGACCCGUAAAGUAGAUGCAGCACUGCGUAAGCUUCACUGCAAUCUCGGGCAUCCGUCUCACAAAGACCUCACCCGAAUCCUCAAGCACAGCAAAGCAUCAGAAUUGGCCUUAAGCAGAGUUCAGCAUCUGGAGUGCUCUGCGUGCGCCAACAAUCAGAGGCCUACUCCUGCCUUGCCUGCAAACACCACGCGGGUGUGCCAGUUCAACGAAAAGCUGGGGCUUGAUGUUAAAUACCUACCGAGGUGGAAUCCUGGACAGAAGGUAGCAUGUGUUAAUCUUGUUGACUAUGCAUCCAGCUUUCAAGUUAUGGUUCCCAUAGGACGCAGAGAGACGGGCGAGUUGCUACGUCAAGCUCUUCUUGACAAGUGGUUGGCAUGGGCCGGUCCUCCCCAAGCUUUGCGUUUGGACCCAGCACGUCCCAAUUUGGGCAACAUGCUCAGUGACUUUUGCAACAACCACGGCAUUGCUGUGGAGCAGACGCCUGCUGAGGCGCACUGGCAGCUGGGGAAGGUGGAGCGGCACGGACAGUGGUCUCAAAGGAUUCUAUCUAGGGUCUUAGAUGAGGUUAAGCCUGCUAACGAAUCAGAGUGGGUCACGUGUUUAGUGCAGGCUCAGUCUGCCAAGAAUACUCUCAUCUCCGAAAGCGGGGCAAGUCCGUAUCAGUUUGUGUUCGGGAGAAACCCCCGGGUGCCUAGUGACCUACUCCAAGAAUCACCUGACAUCGCCGCCUCAGAUGCCGUGCUUGCUGAUGAUGCUAUGCAACAGGCAAAUGCUGUUCGCCAGUCCGCGCGACGCGCGGUGCUAGAAGUGCAAGAUGAUCGUGCCCUUCGUGCUGCUCUGCGUGCACGUCCUAGAGUAGCCCGACCUUUUUCCUCAGGAGAUUGGGUGUACUACUGGAGGACUCAAAAAUCUGUAGAGGGCACUCGUAUCGAAGGUGGUCGUUGGUAUGGGGCUGCUUUGGUCUUGGGACAUAUAGGCAAAAACAUUGUUGUUGCGCACAAACUGAGCAUCAUGCGAUGUGCUCCGGAGCAGUUGAGGCAUGCCACCGCAGAGGAACAGGCCGUUGCUACUUUCCCCCACAACGACCUUCUAGGGAUCAAAAAUCUCCUUGAACGAGGCCAGUCCCCCAAAAGUCAGUUCGAAGACUUAGUGCCUCAGCCUCAUCCUCCUGCGCUGGACGAGGGAGCAGAGCUCCCCCCCUCCACCUCUGAAUGA